AUGUCAGACCAAGACGAUGUGCUAUUGAAAACGUCCAAGGUAAUCGGGAUCAUAGGACUUGGAGACAUGGGUCUCCUUUACGCUAGGAGAUUUAGUGAGGCCGGUUGGAAAGUCAUAGGUUGUGAUCGUGAGGAGCAAUUUGACCUCAUGAGUCAGAAAUACAAGGAUGAGAAAUUCUCUGUCAAGAGGAACGGUCACUUGGUGUCACGAGAAGCCGACUACAUAAUAUACAGCGUGGAGGCAGAGAACAUUGAUAAGAUUGCUUCCAUUUACGGUCCAUCUACCAAAUACGGUGCGAUUGUUGGGGGUCAAACGUCUUGCAAGACGCCCGAAAUCGCUGCAUUUGAAAAACACAUGCCACAUGACACCCACAUCAUUUCCCUACACUCAUUGCAUGGACCUAAAGUGAGUACUACUGGUCAGCCAUUGGUGAUAAUUCCUCAUAGAACGGAUGAAGCUAAUUUGCAAUUUGUAAAGAGCCUUGUUUCUUGCCUUAAAUCUAAGGUUGUUUUGCUAACGGCUAAGGAGCAUGACCGAAUUACAGCAGACACGCAAGCGGUGACACAUGCUGCCUUUUUGUCCAUGGGUGUUGCCUGGAUGUCCUGUGAUCAAUUUCCGUGGGAAACCCCCAAGUGGGUUGGAGGUCUCGAAAAUGCAAAAAUCAAUAUUUCGCUUCGAAUCUUUUCAAACAAAUGGCAUGUCUACGCAGGUUUAGCCAUCACAAACCCAUCAGCUCAUGAUCAAGUUCUCCAGUACUCCAAAUCCACUACUGAGAUCUUCACCUUAAUGAUUCAAGGCAAAAAAUAUGAAUUGAAUGAUCGAAUGCAAAAGGUUAAGCAAUUUGUAUUCAAACACAUUGACGGCCACAAUCUCUUGCUAGACGACAACAUUUUGGAGAAGUUUUCCUUAAACAAAACUCCACCAGAGGGGAAGCAACCCAAUUCGCAUCUUUCGUUGUUGGCAAUUGCAGACAGUUGGUACAACUUGGGAAUCGUGCCCUAUGAUCACAUAAUUUGCUCAACUCCAUUAUUUAGAAUAUUCCUUGGUGUAACGGAAUAUCUAUUUUGCACUCCCGGACUUCUAGAGGAGAGUGUAGAGGUUGCUGCCACCGAUACAUCAUUUAGACAAGAUGACUUACAUUUCACCCUUGCUGCCGAGACUUGGGCAAGAAUAAUCAAGUUUGGAAAUUUUUCGCUAUACCGUGAUGAAUUUGAAAAGACACAGGCGUUCUUCCAGCCAAUGUUUCAAGAAGCCAACACAAUUGGCAACGAGAUGAUCAAAACUAUUUUAGAAAGAGUUAAACAAAGAGAAGAUCAAAAUUAG